AUGAGGACGCCAAAAGCGAGUCCCAACACCCACAAGUGGAGCCGGAGCGCCGAGAGUCUCGGCGACAAGAGCCUGGAGAGAAGAAUUGCCGAGGUAUUGGUGGCAAACGAAUGCAAUCUACUUGCUGCCAUCUGCAAUGGCGCUUUCGUUGGCGACACGGCCGCAAAGGUGUCCGUCGGGGUGAUAUCGCUGUUGAAGAUGCACAGCGAGACGUCGACGACCGAGUUCCUGAAGCGACUGCUGAAAGCCAAAAUCGAGAGCUAUUUGAAACGCCAGAAGGAUCUUAGCGACAUUCUUCGAGACAACAGCAUGACAUCAAUGCUACUCAACACCUUUGCUCGGUCCGAGGGCUCGCAUUACCUGAGCAAAUGUCUGCUGAUGCCGAUUUGUGAGAUCCACAAAUUCUCGGACCGAUGCGAGAUUGACCCUUCCAAGAUCAAGCCGCCGUUAUCGGCGCCAAAGGAUGGCAGCGAAGCGGGCGGGGGCACCUCAGAGGCAGCAGUGGAACACACAAUCGGCUCCAACAUGCAGAAUCUCAAGAAAGCCGUCGUGAUGAUCUUGCGGAGCAUCAAGGAACACCACGAGGACUUUCCAGCCGAAAUGCAGCGACUAUGUUACUUUCUGUGCUCCAAAAUCACAGAGAUCGAGACCUAUAUCGGCGAUGCUGCUCGGGGAAUUAACUCACAGGCCGCUUUGCAAGCUCUUCCGUCUGCGUCCAAGACGGACGGGGAUGGUGGUGGGAACCUGGAAGUUGUGACCGAGAACAGCCGGGCAAGCCGCAGCUCGGUCAAAUCAGCAAAACAAAAGACCAAACGGCUCUCGAUCUUCAAGCGGAGCCAUUCGAGAAGCGACAACAAGGUUGAUACGGGCCAGGUCGGCGACAGCAAGCUCGCCGAAGUCGAGGACGGGGCGAUGAAAGCCAGCCCAGCUUCUUCCGUCGACUUCAGUACCGCCAAAAGCGUCGAAAGCGAGUUCAGCUUCACCGAAGAUGGGCGGCGCAACCACCAGAGCCAAGACAGCCUUGCGUCCAUCAAUAUCCACGACGUUGCUCGGCAAAUGCUUUCACCCUCGAUCACCACGACGCCGCCGCCUCUCCAGAGCCGCUCACGUCCUAACAGCUUGCUGCUGAGCUCGGGGGCUUCCAGCGUGCGCGAGUCAACGGCGACCUCAUACCAGCACACGCUCAGCAUGGCCGAAAGGCUUGUCGGGACGUUUCUGUUUCUGAGGUUCUUCAUACCAGCCAUCACAACACCGGAUACAUACGGCCUGAUCCACGACAAGCUGUCGGCCGCCUCGCGACGAGGAUUCAUUCUCUGCGGCAAAAUCAUGACGGCCCUUUGCAAUGACGUUGAGUUUGGCUCCAAGGAGGUGUGCUUGGCUCCCUUGAACUCGUUUCUGAACGACCACCGGACCGACAUCAAGGAGUUGAUCCAAGUUGCAUCGGGGAUACCGGGCGCCGAAAAGGACCGCAUCGUCGGGAUCGAGGAAUCUUCGAGCGAAUCCCAUACCCCAAAGUCGGCGUCAGGGGCAGACGCAUGCAUGACUCCCGUGCGUCUCUCCGACAUAAUGUACGCCAAGCCGGUUCCACUCAAGAGCCAGACAUCGCGAUCGCUUCCGACGCUGCUGCAAGGGUCGUCGUGCUCCAGCGACAUCAAAUCCGCUGGCGCCCCCACACGGUCUCGGACCGAGUCGAGCGAGUAUGCCGAGGCAAACGCACUCUUUGUCUACAUUGGCCACUCGCUCUCCAAGAUCGAAAAGGAGCUCGAGCUGUAUCUUCAGCAGCUGCCGGUCCACCAGUCCGAGGGAAUCUCGAAUAACUUUAUCGAGCUCAAGAAGCUGAUCGAGUCCAGCUCCUACUGGGAUCGAUCAACGCAGCCCACGGACAAGUCGGCGGCCAAGCUGUCGCUGUUGUCAAAGUUUGGCAAGUUCCGUCUGAAGAGCCUGUUCUGAUGCAGCCCUGCCGAGAAUGAGCGGGGAUCUCCUGGAUGGCAUGCUCGCUGCAGACAUUCGACUCGCGCCAGUCAGCAUUUUCCGGUUGCUCCAUCACCGUUGCCGCGGUUGCUACCGCCGGCUGUCAGCGGCAAGUUUGCUUGGGCCGUAUCGUCCUGGAAGCACGAGA